AUGAAUUAAACAUAAUUAAUUUUAAUUUUUUCAUCAUCUUCUUCCUCUUUUUCUUUCUCCUCAUCCUUACCCUCCUCUUCUUUUUCGGAAUCAUCUUCAUCGUUUUGGGUUCCUUGUGGAACCCAGUGCUGGGUUCAUAAGGAACCCAGCACGAGGAACCUAGUGCUGGGUUCAAGGAACCCAGAUUUGGGUUCCUCAUGAAACCCAGCACUGGGUGAUAAGUUUGGGUUCAUUGCAAAACCCAUAUCGGGUUCAUUGCAUCCCUCGCGGAACCCAGUGCUGAGUUCUCCCGUGGAACCCAAUGUUGGGUUUUGAGAGGAACCCAAAUGGGUUCCACGAGGAGCUCUGGGUUCCUCGUGCUGGAUUCCUUGUGAACCCAGCACUGGGUUCCACGAGGAACCCAAGAUGAUGAAGAUGAUUCCAAAGAAGAAGAUGAGGCCGCGGCCGGAUACUUAUCCAGUUCAUAAAUUACGUUACGCAGGUUAAAGGCACCGUUUAGUGUUUUCUUGGGGAGGCUGUUCGUUAAGGAGAAGGUGGACAGAGAGGUGAUCGUGAUGUCGUCCGACACGACUUCGGAGACAGGAGAACCCUUGUUGAAGGCGAGCGGUGGCAGCGGUCUUGGAGGAGGAAGUUGGUGGGGGAAUGUUUUGGAUGUUGGAGAGGCGAAGAGUCAAGUUCUGUUUUCACUGCCCAUGAUCCUUACUAAUGUUUUCUACUAUUCCAUCACGUUGGUUUCUGUUAUGUUCGCCGGCCACCUAGGGGAGCUUGAGCUUGCCGGAGCCACCCUUGCCAAUUCUUGGGCUACCACUACCGGCUUUGCCUUCAUGACAGGAUUAAGUGGAGCACUGGAGACACUUUGUGGCCAAGGAUUUGGUGCGAAGUUAUACAGAAUGCUGGGAAUUUACCUCCAAGUAUCCUGCAUCAUUUCCUGCUUCUUUGCUGUUCUCAUAUCCGUCUUAUGGUUCUACACAGAGCCAAUACUCAUCUUACUUAAACAGGAUGCUCAAAUUUGUAAAAUGGCUGCUCUCUACAUUAAGUUUCUGAUUCCUGGUGUAUUUGCUUACGGUUUCUUGCAAAAUAUCUUGAGUUUUCUUCAGACACAGAGCAUAGUAAUGCCCCUCAUCCUGCUCUCAGUGCUUCCAAUGGGGAUUCAUUUUGGCAUUGUGUACAUGUUGGUUAAUUGGACAAGUCUUGGUUACAAGGGAGCUCCAUUGGCAGCUUCAAUCUCGUUGUGGAUAUCAUGUCUUGUGUUAGCAAUUUAUGUCAUGUAUUCAAAGAAAUUCAAGCACACAUGGGAAGGAUUCUCAUUUGAGUCGUUCUGUUUCAUCCUUACAUACUUGAGACUAGCCCUGUCCUCUGCAGCAAUGGUCUGUUUAGAGUACUGGGCUUCCGAGCUUCUUGUAUUCUUAGCAGGAAUUAUGCCUAAUUCAGAGAUAACUACGUCACUGAUUGCAACGUGCGCGAAUACAGAAACCAUUGCCUACAUGAUCACCUAUGGUCUUAGUGCCGCAGCAAGCACAAGGGUUUCCAAUGAGUUGGGUGCUGGAAAUCCUGAGAGGGCUAAGAAUGCCAUCGGUGUGACUCUCAAGCUCUCUGUCCUUCUUGCACUUGCAUUUAUCCUCAGCUUAGCCUUCGGCCAUAAUAUCUGGGCCCGUUGCUUCAGUGACAGUUCUUCAAUCAUCAAGGAGUUUGCGUCCAUGACACCCUUUCUCGCUAUCUCAAUUGCACUUGAUUCUAUACAGGGUGUCCUAUCAGGGGUGGCCAGGGGAUGUGGGUGGCAGCAUUUGGCUGUGUUGGCUAACUUAGGAACUUUCUAUUUGGUCGGCAUGCCUAUUGCAGCUGUUCUUGGAUUUCGGUUGAAGCUAUAUGCUAGGGGGCUCUGGGUAGGCUUUAUCUGUGGCCUUUCUUCCCAAACAGGCACCCUGCUAAUGAUCACAUUAUGCAGAAAGUGGAUUAGAAUUGAUAUUUAUGAACAAACAAAAAUAAGGAAAAAGCAUAUUCUGUUUAAUUAAAAAUUCACAAGAGGUUAAGUCCAUUAAUUUUCUCACGACGAUAUUUAGCGGCUGGGUAUUGUUUAUGUCAAAAAUCCCUACUCUUCCCACGUAGUUUAGCAUGUGUGAAUGUUUAUUUUAUUUUAUUUUUUUAUUAUAGUUUUAUUAUACCUAUACGACAAUCGUUA